GAUUGGAUCAAGAAGCCCUGCGUGGACAUUGGAGCCUCGUUUCUGUACUGCGACUGUCCAUCGUCUCUUCCCACGAGUGGGCGACACCAAGAAACAGCGACUGACGCCCAGAAAAAAGAUGGCGAUGGCUCCGGAGUACGGCGCUUUCGUGAGCAAAUUCGUGCUCGAGCCUCCUUCCCCGUCUCCCUCGCUUCCCUUGGCCGGCCUCACCUUCGCCGUCAAGGACAUGUGAUCAGCUGACAUGAGCGGUGAAGAAAGGAGGAAGAAAAAGAGGAGGAGGGAGGGGGAAGAGCUGGUCGUUUUCAGUACCAUGUUGUCGUUAAAUGUCACACGCCAUGUUGAUUGAUGACGAGGUGUUUAAUGCUCGCCGCAUUUUCUUCCUAUAAGUUCUCGAAAGAAAUACAGAGCAUCGAGCAUAGACGGCUCGGCUUUGACGUUGAAGGACAUGUGACUGGGUUUGGAAAUCCUGAUUGGGCGAGGACUCAUGAGCCUGCAUCUUCCACAGCUCCAGCUGUUUUGAAUGUGUUGAAAGCGGGUGCUACAUGUGUUGGAAAAACUGUGAUGGAUGAAAUGGCAUACAGCUUAACUGGGGACAAUAAACAUUACGGCACACCAAGGAACCCAUGUGCACCCGAUUAUGUGCCUGGAGGAUCUUCCAGUGGAUCUGCUGUUGCAGUAGGAGCAAUGCUUGUCGAUUUCUCCCUAGGAAGCGACACUGGAGGAAGUGUAAGAGUUCCCGCAUCUAAUUGUGGGAUUCUCGGAUUUCGACCUUCACAUAAUGCCAUUAGCACUGUUGGAGUCAUUCCAAUGGCACAAAGUUUGGAUACAGUAGGUUGGUUUGCUAGGGAACCAAGCAUCUUGAAGAAGGUUGGUCGUGUUCUUCUUGAGUUGCCUGAUGCAGAUCCAAAUAGACCUAGUCAGGUCAUUAUUCCAACGGAUUGUUUCCAGCUUUUAAACAUUCCAAGUGAGCGACUGACUCAAGCUCUUGUAAGAUCAGUGGAGAAAUUAUUUGGAGGUGCUAUAAUUAAGCAUGCUGUCCUUGGGGACUACAUCAGAGACAGCGUUCCGGCCUUGAGUUCUUUCCUGUGUCAAAUAAAUGAGGAUCAAGUAGACAGCAUACCAUCUUUGGCAGCUCUUUCUAGUGCAAGGCAGUUGCUUCAGAGGUAUGAGUUCAAGAAUAAUCACAAGGAUUGGGUCUCUGCUGUCAAACCCGAUUUGGACCCAGUGAUAUCAGAACGGGUCAGGCAAGCCCUCCAGAUAACUGAAGAAAAUAUUGAUAUCUGUUGGUCAGUGAAGAAAGAAUUACAUUCUGCUCUUACUUCACUACUCGGGGAUUUCGGUAUCCUUGCAAUCCCCACGGUUCCUGGGCCUCCGCCAAAGCUACAAACAGAUGCAUCCUCUGUGGAUAUCAUCGAUGAAAAGGCAUUGAAUUUGCUUUCCAUUGCCGGUUUAUCGGGAUUCUGUCAGGUAAGCAUACCGAUGGGGCUGCAUGAUAAUUUGCCUAUCUCGAUAUCCUUGCUGGCGAAAAACGGUGCCGAUGGGUUCCUGCUAGACCUCGUCGAGACACUGUAUGAGUCUCUUAAGGAGCAAGCUGCUAUCGUAGAGAAAUCAGUUUGACGUAUGUACAAUGUACGCCUCGUCCAUUUCCCGGGAUGCUUCUAGCUAUAUUUACAGGCCGAUAUCCUUGUACUUAUGCUGUGUGCGGUCGAAUGUAGCGUGGACUCUGUGAUCUUCGUAAGGCUGUGUUGCUGAGAAAAUAAAGUUCUGUAUAUCAUACAUUGCAGCCCACUUGUUUAUGCUGAGUGCGGCGAGGGAGAUGAUGGAAGUUCUAGAGGGGGAGGUCGGAAUCCUGAUUCUAAUGGAGGGAUGAGGUCUGACUAAGGUCGUGAAACCUCGCCAUUUUCGGAUUGGAUUGUGCAAUCGUGACAGACUGCCACGUGGGUCGCUAAAGCUUAUCCGUCUUUCUUUCUUAACCUAUUUUUAUUUUCCUUUUUAAUCGUUGUAAGGGUCCUUUGAAAGGCUUACAUUAGAUGGGGCACUACUUGUUGGA